UUGAAAAUGCCAACGAUUUGAAGUUGGUGUCACGUUCGGUUUACUUGAAGCUUAUCAUGUAUUUAGAACAUAACUUGUUUCAAUCCUACUAUUAACGACAAAUGGACUUUUGUUGUUUACCUGUUGGAGUUAAUCAUUUUUCAUUUGAUGAACGGUGUAACCUUAUUUGUAGAAUAAUGAAACUGUUUGUAUAUUUUACUGGUCAAUUUCCAGAUUUAUCACUCUUAAAUUCUCUUCAAAAUAAAUCAGACAUUGAAUUAAAAUUGGAUAAUUUACACUCAAAGGAAGUAAAACUUUUACAAUCAAUUCAAGAGGUUGAAUCUAAUCUGUUAUCAUCGAAAUCAGAAUCUAUUCUUUAUUUCCUGAUUAUGAUUGGUGGUCUACCAAGUAAUCCAAAACGAGCAUUUCUCAUAGAUAUCAGUGAUUUCUAUCCUAAAACUACAAAUGCCGAUAAAACAGAUGUUUCUUUCAGAGAAUUUUUCGAAUCUCUUGUACAGGUUCCGUUUUUUGAUAAUGUUUUUAAGUGUUCUACUCCUACACGUACUUACAUAUAUAUAUGUACAUCAAAAGAUUUUUCAUCUUCAUGGUUUCUACCUCGAUUACAAUUUCGUCUACCUCGGACUUGUCCUGUUCAUGUAUUGAAAAUUGUUCCUGAUUCUAUAGAUUCUUAUAAUCCUAAAGAAUUACACAAAGUUUUGUAUGAAUCACCAUUUGAACUACGAUGGUAUGCUUCUCCGACAGUUUUUUCCGGAGUUAAACCAAAAUAAGCUUUUCUAUAAUCAAUCAUUGUUAACUGCAUAGUGGUGUACGAAAUACUUUAAUUUCCUAACCAUUUGUAUAUAAUGUGUAUUAGAGUCAACUGAAGUAUUUGUGUGAUCAAGACUACUUUGUAAUAAAACAUUCUAAUUUCAUUCUCACAAUUAUUCUCAUAUACAUUUACAUAUAGAAAAAUAAAUAAAUGUAUGAUAAUUUACAAUUAA